UGGCGGCAAUGAUAGGCUAACGGAUGUAAUAAUCGGGCAAUUAAUGUCUGAGAAGGGUUUGGGACCCAAAAUAUACGGACUCUUCGAAAGCGGACAAAUCUUCAAGUAUUACAAACACAGAUGUUUCCGAACUGAUGAACAAAAGGACCCAAAACUAGUCCAAGAAUUGGCACAAAAGUUGGCUCGACUUCACUCAACAUCGGUUCCCAUAAAGAAGUUCUCGAAUUGGAUUCCAAACUAUUUCAACAACUGUUACUCCGAAGCGAACUCACGGUUUGAUUUGAAAACUCUAUACGAAGAAUGCAAUUGUGAGACGUUUAAGACACACGACUUGAACACAGAGUUAGAGUGGCUCAAGAAGUUGAUCGUCGAAACAGAUUCUCCGGUGAUGUUCACUCACGUCGACUUCAGGGGCUCUAACAUUAUGGUCACCGAAACAGAUGGUAUAGUUUUGUGUGACUUUGAGUACUCGUGCAAUGAUUACCGGGGCUUUGAUUUUGGCUCAAUAUUUAAUGAAUGGGGCAAUGCUUAUGGCAAACAUUUCGGUGAAUUCACUGACGAUCACAAUAUCAUACCAUUUAUCGAGUCCUAUAUCGAGGAGUCGGUGAAUAUUGUCGGCCAAGACUUUGCCAGAGAU